AUGGGUAACUCACAGUCUAUGGAGAAGGUGGAACACGUUGUGAAGGAGGGCAUCAACAUUUAUAAGAAGGUCAAGAAGGAACAAGAGCAACAACAGCACCACAACAACUACAACAACAAUAGUAAUUACAACAAUGAUAAUAACAACUACAGCCAUCAUUCAGGUGGUGGAUCAUCCUAUCAUCCUUCAGCAGACAUCGACGAUGAUGAGGAAUACUCUCAACUACGAGCUCAAGCACACCAAGAGGCUGAGAAGCGUAAUGAUUGCUACGCCAGAAGUCAAGAGGCAUACAAGAAUGGCAACGGUGCAGAAGCCAAGGAAUUAUCAAAUCAGGGCCAUCAUCAUGACAACUUGAUGAAACAGUACAACCAGAGAGCAGCAGAUCACAUUUUCUCAGUCAAAAAUCAAGGACGCCCAUCGAACGAAAUUGACCUGCACGGCCUUUAUGUAAAAGAGGCAUCUGCAAAGGUGGAGGAAGCUGUGCAACGUUGUCAAGCUAAUGGAGAAAGAAGUCUUGUUAUCAUUGUUGGAAAGGGCCUUCAUAGUCCUAAUCAGAUUGCUAAAUUGAAGCCUGCCAUUAUCGAGCUUGUCAAAAAGUACGAGGUUUCUUGUCAGCCUAAUAUCCCUAAUCCUGGCUGUCUUUACAUUGAAUUCGGUAAAGGUACUGGCGAUCUUUCAUGGCUGGAUCGCUUCACUGAACGCAUGUCUAACAAUGAUCAAUGUUUGAUCAUGUAA